CCCACACCCCCACCCCACACCCUCCCUGCCCCCGUCUUCUUUUUCAUGCAAUAUCUUUCUCAGUUUUCACCCCAUUUGUCAAUAUAAAGCUGCAGCAACAGCAAAAACAAUCUCAUUUCUCCAUCAGUCAACUUAUCCAUCUUUUCUCUCUUCCAACUUUCAACUGCAACAUUUUUUACCAAAGAAAAAAUAAUGGUAGUUUUAUCUCAACUUGCAUUAAACCAAUUCAUAAACACAUGCAAACCAGUUAAUACCAAACUGUUCUUCCCCACAAUUCCAACUAUAGACUUAACAAAUCCUGAUGCAAAAUCAUUGAUUGUUAAGGCUUGUAAAGAAUUUGGUUUUUUUAAGGUAAUAAAUCAUGGUGUUCCACUACAAAUGAUUUCUCAACUUGAAGAUGAAACUAGUAAAUUCUUUAGCUUGCCUCAAUUUAUCAAAGAAGCUGCAGGAAUUCCUAAACCUUUUGGUUAUGGUAAUAAGAACAUUGGACCAAACGGUGACGUCGGUUGGCUGGAGUAUCUUCUUCUUUCUGCUUCACCCGAGUUUGUUUCUCAAAUUUGUCACUCCAUUUCCCCCGAAGACCCUGAUGUUUUCAGGUAUGCAAUAAUGAACUAUAUAGCAAAAAUGAAGAAAUUGGCGGUGCGAGUGUUGGAAAUGAUGGCGGAAGGGCUAAAUGUGAAAGGAGAAGACAAGAAUGUGCUAAGUAAGUUAAUAAAGAAGGAUGAAAGCGACUCAUAUUUCAGGCUAAAUCAUUAUCCACCAAAGCCUGAUGCAUUUGAAGCGUUAAAUGGUACAAAUUUGGUUGGUUUUGGAGAGCACACAGAUCCUCAGAUAAUCUCUGUACUCCGAUCAAAUAAUACAGCUGGCUUUCAAAUUUCUCUCAAAAAUGGAAAUUGGGUUUCUGUUCCACCUGAUGAUAACUCCUUUUUCAUACUUGUUGGUGACUCUUUGCAGGUGAUGACUAAUGGAAGGUUUAAGAGUGUGAAACAUAGGGUUUUCGCAGACAAUAAUAGAUCAAGAAUUUCUAUGAUCUUCUUUGCAGGCCCACCUCUACAUGAAAAAAUAGCACCUUUACCUUGCAUUAUGCAACAUGGGGAAGAAAGCUUUUACGAGGAGUUCACAUGGUAUGAAUACAAGAAAUCAGCCUACAAAUCUAGGUUGAGUGAUAAUAGACUUUUACGUUUUGUAAAGAGAGACCGCACCCGCUAAUUUCCUCCUAUAGCUACGUUGCUUAUGUAUUAUUAUAUGUAACAUAAUGAAUGGCCGCCAAGUUUCCACAUUAUAAAUAUUAUUAUCAUUUAAUUGCA